AUGGCUCAUAGAAAGCAGACUGCCUACAAAUCGACUGGUGAUAAAGCACCCAGGAAACAACUGGCUACAAAAGCCGCCCACAAGAGUGCGCCCUCUACUGGGAAGAGAAACCUCUUUGGUACAGGCCUGUGCCUGGUGCGAGAAAUUGCUCAGGACUUCAAAAUAGAUCUGCACUUCCAGAGUUCAGCUAUUGGUGCUUUGCAGGAGGCAAGUGAGGCCUAUCUGGUCGGCCUUUUCGAAGACACCAGCCUGUGUGCUAUCCAUGCCAAACGUGUAACAAUUAUGCCAAAAGACAUCCUGCUAGCAUGCCACAUACAUGGAGAAUGUGCUUAA